AUGACGGCGAGUGAGGUGCGGCUUUGCGGGCUCCUGCUACGGGAGCAUUUUGGAGAAGUGGUGGAGAAGGUUGGCACACACCUGCUUAGCAAUGGACCACAGAAUUUAAGAACCAUCGUGAAUGCUACGGGCCUCCCACUUGACCAGGUGAAGAAGACUUUGUGUGUUCUGAUGCAACAAGGGGCCUGUACAUUCUACUCUGGUCGUAAAGGCCCCGGGAGCCCCGCCGAGUACUGUGCUGACAGGGACCGCAUCUUGAGAAUCUUGCGCUACCCUCGCUACAUCUACACUGCUAAAACUCUGUACGGAGACACAGGCGAGCUGAUCGUAGAGGAACUGCUCCAACGAGGCCACUUGCCCAUGAGCGAGACGGUGAAGACUGUUGCCGAUAGACUCACACAGAACAUGGAAGAGGGCCAGAGUAUGGAUUACAGUGAAGUGUCAUCUUCAUUCUCCAAACUGGUGGAAACUCAUUUUCUUCAGCGCUGUCCUCCAGUAGGAGUAGAGAAGAAAGCCUCUUCUUCAGACAAUCCCACUCCAUCAUCUGCAGAGAAAACCACUCCUUCAUCUGCAGAGAGCUUCUCCGAAUGUUAUAAAGUGCCUCAUGUGACUCUGAUCGGCCGAGGAAAACGCCCUCUGGUCACAGAGGAAGGAGAGGAGCAGAGAAAUGCUAAGAAGCCACGGCUGGACACACAGACUCAUGGUGAUGAGGCCAUUUACUGGCAGGUGAAUUUUGAGAGGUUUCAUCUCCACUUUAGAGACCAGACCAUCAUCAGUGCUGUUGCCAACAAACUGGACCAGACCAGCAGUGAGAUUGUCCGAACAAUGCUGAGGAUGAGUGAAGUGACCACCUCUCCUCUGGCGCCCUGCACGAAGCCGCUCUCGGCCAAUGAAAUCUUCCGGUCUCUCCCAUCGAGCUACAACAUUCAGAGACAGAUAUUAGACCAGUAUCUCAGCCUCCUCGUGGACGACCCAAUGGAGUUUGUGGGAAAAGCCGGGGAGAGCGGAGGAGGCAUGUUUGUCGUCAAUUUACACAGAGCUCUGGCUAAUUUGGCUCGAGCCACACUUGAAUCAGUCGUACAAGAGAAAUUUGGAUCCCGGUCGGCUCGCAUCUUUCGCUUGCUGUUAAGAACUCGUCACUUAGAGCAAAAGCAGGUGGAAGACUUUGCCAUGAUUCCUGCUAAAGAAGCAAAAGAAAUGCUUUACACAUUAUUGUCAGAAAACCUUGUUCAACUCCAGGAAGUCCCAAAGACCCCAGACUAUGCUCCUUCCCGCACUUUCUAUCUUUACACCGUGAACCAGCUGCCCACGGCGAGGAUGCUCCUGCAGAACUGCUACAAGUCAGUGGGAAACCUCAUAGAAAGACGCUUGUUCGAAACUAAAGAAAGCAAACGUUUGUUGGAGAAGUCUCAGAGAAUAGAAGCGAUCCUGGCGUCGCUUCAGGCCAGCGGAGCAGAGCCGGAGCAGCUCACUGAGGUGGAGGAGAUGAUCACUGCACCAGAAAAACAACAGCUCGACGCUCUACGACUGCAUGUCAACAAGUUGGAUUCAGCAGAAAACCAGGUGGAUGAAACCAUCUUUCUCCUGGAAUCCUACAUUUUCACCACAAUGACAACAAACUGA